CCGAUUUGCAAAGGGGAGUUGGCGAACUCUUUAAAGUCGGCGUUCGGGACUUCAGCGAACAUCUCUGAGCACUUUUGAGCAUUUUGAAGCUUGAAUCAAUAACGAACCACCCCUGCGUCUCUCCACCAUGCUGUUCACACAAGCUAUUCUUGCGGUUCUUGCAACCAGCGUCUUGGGACAUGGCGUCGUACAAGACCCUGAGCCCAGAGUGUCAGGCCCGAAGCAACAGGAACUCUGUGGAACCGCAGUGACUGACCAACUUGAGAGCGACACUGCCGGCCCUAUUGAAAAUGCGAUCAAGGUCGCCGACGCGGAUUACAAGUGCGACCUCUUCCUCUGCCGCGGUUACCAGUACGAGGACAACGAAGACAACGUCCGCGCUGUUACAGCCGGCGAGGUCAUCCCCUUCCACAUCGACCUGAUCGCCGGUCACAGACCAGGGCACGCCAACAUUUCGGUGAUUGACCUCGCGAACAACACCGUCAUCGGCGAGCCCCUCAUCACCUGGGAUGACUGGCCGACGACCAACCCCGACCCUCUGGCCGACACCGACUUCAAUGUCACAAUCCCCGACACCUUGGCCUCGGCCUGCGAUGUUGGCGGCAAGUGUGCCAUCCAGUGGUUCUGGUACGCCGAAACCAACAAACAGACGUACGAGAGCUGUAUCGACUUUUACGUUGAGGCAUGAAAGAAUGACUAGGCGACAAUUUCUAGGGAGUGGCUCCAUGCCUCCCACGGCUUUAUUGUACAUAUUACAACUGUUCACUGUAUCUACUAUAGACCAGCACAUACAU